CGAACACGUGGCAUGCGUCUUCUUUUGGAGAAGAAAACUACACCACUCAGCUUUCCACCACGCCAAGCCGAGCCUUCUCCGCGAAGCCUAGCCGUUAGACGUCGCUGCAGGUGGGCCUAGACACCGUGUCUCCGUACCCAUCGUCCACCUCACACCAUUCUCCCCAAUCGUCGCGUGAGUAUGCCUCCAUUGAGAAAGAACGAAGUCGUUCCGGCCAAACCUCCGCGCCCCGACCAAAUCUCUUCCUCCAUUACUCUUUCUGGACAGGAAGCAAAGCUCCUGACACGCCCAGCCGUCCCGUUCCAUCGCCGCGCUGCUCGAGAAAGGAGAGACAGUGACAUGGCCAUAGACCGAGCUCACGAGCACCGCGUCCAAACUCCACCUUUAAGCCUACCCUUGCGCCAACACUCUCUCCUAGCUCGCCUCUUCACGUUCCAUGCAAACACAGGGAAGGGAGUCCCUUGGGAUAGCCGGAACGCAAGCGCCCGCGUCGGCGCCGGCGAGCCCACGACGCUACCGACUUCCCUCUGACGAAACACCGACGGGCAACGCCGCCUCUUCGACGUCCUUCGCGUCGGCCAGAACACCGCCGCCGCUGUCCUCACCAUCGAUCCGCUGCCUUGGUUCCAUCGUUGGAGAAGCCCCGCCGCUGACGCCACUCGCCGUCGGAGCAGAACACCGUCCCCGGAGCUCCCCUCACCGCUUCCACCCAAACCGUGCCCGGGACAACGAAGUUGCAGCCAUAGAGGAGUGUGAGCAGGAACCUAAGACUUGUGAGGAGUUCACUGAGCAAGACAUUGAUGCAGGAAAUGAGAUGCCCAGUGAUGAGUACUUUGCACCGGGUACCGGAGGUUUCGAGGAUGGUUCUUUCUAGGGUGAUUCCUAGUCAGUUGCUUGUGGUGGUUUGGUAGAUGGGCAUACAGAAGAACAUAUAUAUUUUGCUACUCUUAUUCCGCUGCGUUUAAACUCUUCCAUUUGGCCGGUCCGCCCUAUCUAUGUUGUAUGACUUGAGCACUCGCUAAGUUAUGUGAACCAUGUUAUCUAUUUGUAUGUGUAUUAUGUAUGGAUGUGAUGACAAGGUUGUGGUUUCGUGUA